CGUGCGGGUGCCAGCAGCCCGGUGCCGGGUGCGUGGUGCUGAGGCGAUGCUGAGCUUGACGGAGGUCGGCGGGUCCUUGCUGGAGCGGGUGGCGGUCGGCAACGCCCUGUCCCUGGUGCUGGCCGCCUCCGCCUUCGUGCUGAGCCUCGGCUACCUGUUCCAGCUGAGCUACCGGCGGCACGUCGGCUCCGAGCACAAGAAAUACCCACCGUAUAUUUCGUCAAGCAUCCCUUUCCUUGGACAUGCAAUCGCAUUUGGGAAAAGUCCCAUUGAAUUUUUGGAGAAUGCUUAUGACAAGUAUGGACCCGUGUUCAGUUUCACUAUGGUUGGCAAGACAUUCACAUAUUUACUGGGUAGUGAUGCUGCUGCUCUACUCUUCAACAGUAAAAAUGAAGAUUUGAAUGCAGAGGAUGUGUACUCUCGGCUAACCACACCAGUUUUUGGCAAGGGCGUUGCUUAUGAUGUCCCUAAUGUGGUAUUUUUGGAACAGAAGAAGAUGCUCAAAACUGGCCUAAACAUUGCCCAGUUUAAACAGCAUGUAUCGGUGAUUGAAGAAGAAACAAGAGAGUAUUUCAGAGCGUGGGGAGAGAGUGGAGAAAAAAACCUGUUUGAAGCCCUUUCAGAACUUAUCAUUUUGACAGCAAGUCACUGCUUACACGGGAAAGAAAUAAGAGGCUUGCUGAAUGAGAAGGUGGCUCAGCUAUAUGCCGACCUGGAUGGGGGAUUUACUCAUGCUGCCUGGCUUCUGCCAGGUUGGCUUCCUCUGCCGAGCUUCAGGCGUCGAGACCGAGCACACAGAGAAAUAAAAAAUAUUUUCUACAAGGUUAUCCAGAAACGUCGAAAGUCUGAGGAAAAGGAGGAUGACAUGCUCCAAACUCUACUAGAUGCUUCAUACAAGGAUGGGCGUCCUCUGACAGACGAUGAAAUUGCUGGGAUGCUCAUCGGGCUGCUCCUGGCGGGGCAGCACACAUCCUCCACCACCAGCGCCUGGCUUGGCUUCUUCAUAGCCAGAGACAAAUCCAUACAAGAGCAGUGCUAUGCAGAACAAAAAGCAGUCUGUGGGGAUGAUCUGCCACCAUUAACUUAUGACCAGCUCAAGGAUCUCAGUUUGCUGGAUCGCUGUCUAAAAGAAACGUUAAGGCUUAGACCUCCUAUAAUGACCAUGAUGAGGAUGGCCAGGACUCCCCAGACUGUUGCUGGAUAUAAUAUUCCCCCUGGCCAUCAGGUCUGUGUAUCUCCCACUGUUAACCACAGACUCCGGGACUCCUGGAGAGACGCCCUAGACUUCAAGCCUGACCGGUAUCUCCAAGAUAACCCAGCCGCUGGAGAGAAGUUUGCAUACGUUCCAUUUGGCGCUGGCCGUCACCGCUGCAUCGGAGAAAACUUUGCUUAUGUUCAGAUUAAGACUAUUUGGUCUACUUUGCUUCGCUUGUAUGAAUUUGAUCUCGUCAAUGGCUAUUUUCCAACUAUAAAUUACACAACAAUGAUACAUACUCCUAAUAACCCCAUUAUCAGGUAUAAAAGGAGGUCACCGUAAAUUCUGCAGCUAAAGCCCUACUUAUUUAAAUUGUGUAAACUAACAGACUUGACUAAAAUUGUGACAGAA